AUGGAUUCUUAUAAAACGAAGCCAAAGCUCAUUGAGGAAAAUCGCGGUAGGCUUUUUCGCGUCCUCUUUCGCAAUGACCAAAUCCCUGUAGAAGGCUUCCUUUGGAAUAUAGAUCCAGUGUCUGGAACUCUAUUCCUUUUAAAAGAUUCUUCUUCUUCUUCUUCCAUAACCUCGUCACAUCCCGAAGAAGCUGAACACCGUGUAUACAGUAUCAUGUCGGAUGCUGUUCGUAGCUUUGAGAAAGACGAUUCUGUGCAACCUCUAUCAUCAGAAGCAUUACUUGAGUGGGAUCAACUUUUAAGCUAA